AUGUUCGGGGUUCGAAUGCUUCCGAUCCCGGGCUUUUUGGGUUUUCGGCUCCCAAGGCUCUUUGCGGGGCACAGCAAUCCUCGUGACGAAGAAAAUGACAUCCUCGGCAUUGAUUGGGUUCUAAAGUAUGAGUUUGACAGCAUAGACAAGGAGCAAGCGAGUCAGGAUUUCGAGGCAUUGAUCAGUGAUUUGGAGGAGGCCGGACUGCGCGUCCAAGUUCGCCAUGGUUAUGGCGAUUCUUUGCUGGUGUUCUUGCGUGUUCCCCGCGAACAGCUGGGAAAUAUGGUCCAUCAAUCUAGGGUAAAGGACUUUCUGCAUUCAAUCGUUCACAGCGUCCCUGCCGGUGACGAAGAUACUGUCGCCCACUCGGAAACCCCAGCUGAAGAGUUGCGUUCGGUAUACCACGUCGUGACAUGGAGCAAAGAACUGGGUGGUGCGGGGAUCACUCCAAACCACGGGAAAUGGGAGAAUGUCACAGCUUCAUUCCCGCUUCAUGAUAUGGAUGCCUGUUCAGAAUUAUCAGGACAACUGAAUCGCAAAGCACACUUGACCACCGAGGACCUCGACACGAUUCGCGCGUUGUUCGGAGAAAAGGAUCUAACCUUUAUUUUUUAUCUUCUUCUCCAGGUCGCUUUCUAUUUUGCAUUCAUCAGCAGCUACUCUGUCUUCCUGAUAAUACCGACCGUCCUAGGAAUUCUGGCUUGGCUAUACCUUGGCUGCUCCUACUCAAUAGUUUUCGGCGGCUCCCUAUGUAUAUGGGCCGUGGUAUUUGUUGAGUAUUGGAAAGUCCGCCAGUACGAAUUGAGCAUCCGAUGGGGUGUGGAAGGGGUUGGGACAUUAAAGGUAAACCGCCCCGAAUGGUACUGGGACAAGGAGGUCAGGGACGCAGCCACUGGACAGGUGUUGAGAACUUAUUCUGGAUGGAAGCAAUUCUUAUUGCAAACCCCCAUUGUUCCAUUUGCGAUAACCGCUGCCACCCUACUAGGAACUAUGGUUGCGCUGGUUUUCUCCUUGGAACUAUACAUUGAGGAGUUUUAUCCUGAUUUCCUCUACGGUUAUAUUCAAUAUUUGCCGCCGCUCAUAUUCGCACUUUCUCAAGGCACCAUCGGAUCGUGGCUCAACGGUCUUGCAACCCAAUUAACAUCGUACGAGAAUCACCGAACCCAAGAUGAGUACCAGGUGGCGCGGACACAAAAAGGAUUCCUUAUGAGCUUUAUCAUAUCCUUCCUGCCGACCAUAUUGACGGCCUACGUUUACGUGCCCUUUGGUAAACAGCUUGUGCCCCGUUUGGCACUUUACUGGCCAAACCUGUUCCGUAUCGACCCAAACGAUCCGAGUUUCCAAAUCGACGCGCAGCGAUUGGCACAAGAGGUGAAAGCCAUGUCUCUUGGUGCACAGGUGGUGGAUUUCUUUGGAGAAGUGGUCAUGCCCUAUAUCCAGCAUUUCAUUUGGCAAAAAUGGAGUGUUUACAAUGAUAAAAAGAAGAGUGUCUCGCGCCAGCGCAGCCUCUCUACUGCCACCGAUUUUCUUCUCAUUGAUUCCUCGGAUGAGCGCAACUUCCUGGAACGAGUCCGCGGCGAAGCCGGUGCCAACCAGUACGAAUCCGAUGACGAGCUUCUCGAGAUGUGUGUGCAGUUUGGCUUCCUGGCCCUGUUCGGCGUUGCAUGGCCCCUUAUGGCCCUGGGAUUCCUCGUCAACAACUGGAUUGAACUCCGAGGUGAUCUAUUCAAGUUAACCCGGGAGUGCCAACGACCCCCACCUAUCCGGGCCGACUCUAUUGGUCCCUGCAUGUUGGGACUGGAAGCCCUCACAAUUUUUGGCACAAUCUCGACCGCAAUGAUCGUGCACAUGUACCGCGGUCCGAUCGAAGAAGUCAAUCCAACAUACUUGGCUCUCAGUGUGAUCUUUUCGGGGGUUGCCUACAUGUUCGUGAAAUUUACUGCUAAGACCGCAUUUCAAAAGAUCUUCAGUGAGACCAAGCGUGGCGACGCAGCCAAGCGCUACGCCGUGCGGAAACAAAUGCUAACCGCCAGCAAGACCCAAAGUGGUACCUCUGGUUCUCGAGUGAACCAGCGCGUUCGUUUCCAUGAGCGAGUCAAUGUUUACGGGUCGGAACCGCCUCCUUCUCCUGACGGUAGCCCGUCGCCUGAAGGUGACAAAGAAGGACCGCAGGACGAUUUACUAAGAGGAUCUGACCGGCAAUCUGAGUUUUGGACGCGAAUGUCAUGUGAGCCCAAACAAGCGGGUAUGAAGAUGAUUCGUGCUCUCCGAACACAGCCUGCACAUAGUGGGAAAGGUUUCUCCCGGGCAGCAUGA